CGCGCACCUGUUUAGUGACUUUGCGUUCUUGCGUGAAAUGUCAAAUAAAAGGAUUUCGUCGCGUAGUUAACGAAAUUUUUAAUUUAAAUAAUAAUGUUUACGAAAGAUGGUUGUGAAGUGGGUGGUUUUGGGAUUGUCUAGGCUGUUGUAAAAAGGUUUUAACGAAAGAACGACAGGGAAAAAGGCUAAAUGACAUGGGAUUUUGCUCAAGAAGAUACUUUUUUUUAUCAGUUUGUCUCUUGCAAAUGUUAUCAGUUAUCGAGAGGCAAGUUUUUGAUUUUCUGGGAUUUCUUUGGAUACCAAUCUUGGUGAACUUCUUUGAAAUUAUUUUCAUUAUACUAGGAUUUUUUGGUGCCUAUCAAUAUCGGCCUAAGUAUAUCAUAUCAUACAUUCUGUGGCACCUCUUCUGGUUGGGAUGGAACAUUUUCAUCAUUUGUUUAUAUUUAGAUGUAGCCAACUUGGACCAUAAGACUAAUAAAGUGCUCAAAUUGGACCCAAAGAGUGAGAGCUGGUGGAGCAACGAGGGACCAGGAUGUAAGCGUAUUUUGAGCGAAUCUUAUCAGACUGCUAGUGAGAAUUGUCUUGUAAAUUACGUACAUGUCGAAAUUUUCCAGGCGGGGCUGCAGUGUGUGACUUCAUUAAUCGGGAUUGUGAUUGGAAUAUGUUUAAGUCGUAUAUUUUUAGAGGAAGAUGAUACUUCAUCACGUAAAUCGUCAAGAAAAAACACAAAACGAAUGUCUCUCUACUCAAUCGAAUUUAGUUCUCAGCUGGAAAACCGACAUGAUAGUGAUAAUGAGUUUGAUAACGAACAUUUGCCACAACCAGUUUCACCCAAGCCAAUGACACCUAGAAGAGUAAAGCGUCGUAGUGUAAUGACAAGAGGUUCCUCUGGCAGACAUAGUACCAGUAGUAGAAGACACUCUACUGCACGUUCGUCUACAAGAAGUUCGCGUAGAAUGACGCAAAACCCCGUCACGCGUUUGUUGGAGCAACAGCAAAAAACACAUGCCUAUGAUAGUCCAGCUAGUCCUUCUCCUAUUGAUUCUUUACCAAAUUACUAUAAUAGUGUAUCUAAUAACAAUCUGAUGGUUCACCAGAAUUGGCAACAUAACGGACAUUCGAACCCUACUUACCAACAGUCAUCUACCCAAUCACUUAACGAUACCGAAGAUUUUGAUGAUUUGUAUAACAACAGACCGGCUUCAGUUAGAUCAAGUUACUCGAACUUUCACGGGACUAGGGCUAUUAGUUACAAUGCCCCUAAACAUUACCACAGUCAUGCUACACCUCAAGUGCCACAAAAACGCAACAAUCCUAAUAGAAACAGUAUGAGAUCGAUGGCCUUUCUUAAUAAUGGCCCUCCUGCAUACAGUUCACAACGGCAAGCUUCUAUCGAUUCGGAAACCACAAUUUAGUUUAGUUUAUUUAUUUUUGUGACCCCUUGUGAUAAUUAGUUAGGUAAAUAUUUUCAAAAAUACAAAUCUUGCCCGCUUAUUUUUAAAAGACUGCCACAAGGAUGUCAAUGUAAAUAUUUUUUAACUUUACAUAUCAUGAUCAAGUUUUAUUUUCAUUGAUUGGUGUUUCUUCCAAUCGUAUAAAAAUUUUUGAGUUAUUUUGUCAAGUACAUUGACAGUAUCUUGGUAGUUUUGAAGUACAAAUUUUUUUUCUCAAGUUAAAAAGUAUGCGCGCUGCAGCGUUCGGAAUGUACUUAGUUUUGCAAUUAUAUAAUUAAUUACACAUCGUAAAGGCAAUAUUUUUGUGUAAUAUUUUUGUGUUCAUAUGUACUCAUAUGUAUUGUAUAUAAUGCUUAUAGUAUAAUUUAGCGAUAUUUUUUACCAAAGUAUUAUGUGUAUAAAUAUAUUUUUAUCAUUAUACAAUUCGUAGUAACUCUUUUAAU